AACAAAAAUCUGAAGCAAUAGGAGGGAUAGGCAAUCAGAGUUAAUUCUGAUAUUCAUUUUUCAGUAGAACCAGUGCUUUUUAUCUAGAUUAUUAAAUUCAAGUGUGAAGGUAUUUAAAUAAUUUUCUUCAGGAAAUGUCAAAAAUCAUUUGCAGUAUGCUUCCAGUAAUUAUCUCCAGGAUUCGCCAUGACCCCAGCUCUGAAGGAGGCAACAACAAAGGGUAUCUGCUUUUCAUCUUUGCCAAGUACCAUGGAAUCUGACAAGAUGCUGUGCAUGGAAAGUCCAAGAACUGUAGAUGAAAAGCUUAAGGGAGGAGACACUUUCUCUCAGAUGCUGGGAUUUCCGACUCCUGAGCCUACUCUAAACACUAAUUUUGUGAAUUUAAAACAUUUUGCCUCCCCUCAGGCUUCAAAACAUUUUCAGACAGUUCUUUUAAUGAGUUCUAAUUCGACACUAAAUAAGUAUAAUGAGAAUUAUAACCAAAAGAAAGUAAUGGAGUCCAAGUGCUGUAAGCUGAAAAACGUACUGUGUAACGGCAGCAGUAUUCAACUCAGUAAGAUCUGCCAUUCUCAUGCUGAGAAUGAGGUCAUCAAAAAAGAACUCUCAGAUACCACAAGCCAGUGCAUGAAAGAUAUACAGAUUGUUUUGGAUUCAAAUCUCACCAAAGACACAAAUGUAGAUAAAAUACAUCUACAAAACUGUAAAUGGUACCAAAAGAAUGCACUUUUUGGUAAAUUCACUGAUACUAAGAUUAAAAAGAGUUUAUUGCAAUGUACCCAAAGGAAAGUUGGACCUAGUCACUCAGAUAUGCCUGUUUGUUCCUCAGCUGCUGAAAAAGAGGAGGAGGUGAAUGCUCGUUUGCUUCAUUGUGUGAGUAAACAGAAAAUUUUACUCAGCCAGGCUAGACGGACUCAGAAACACUUGCAGAUGCUCCUAGCGAAGCAUGUUGUUAAGCACUAUGGUCAACAGAUGAAAUUUUCUAUGAAGCGCCAGCUGCCCACAAUGAAGAUCUUUCAUGACCCCACCACAGUUUUGGGGAAUAGUUUACUUGAACACACUGAAAUUAAGCCAGAAGUCAACAUAUUGGCUUCAGAGAAUAAGUUUUGGGAUGAUACAAACAAUGGCUUUGCUCAAUGUACAGCUGCAGAAAUCCAAAGAUUUGCCCUGUCUGCUACAGGGCUGUUGUCUCAUGUGGAAGAGGGUCUGGAUUCUGAUGCCACCGAUAGCAGCUCAGAUGACGAGUUGGAUGAAUAUACCAUUAGAAAAAAUGUGGCAGUUAACUCUAGUACUGAAUGGAGGUGGCUUAUAGACAGAGCGCAAGUCGGCAGCCGAUGGACUUGGCUUCAAGCUCAGAUUUCAGAGCUAGAAUACAAAAUCCAGCAACUAACCGAUAUUCACAGGCAUAUUCGUGCCUCCAAGGGGAUAGUGAUCUUAGAAGAAUGUCAGCUUCCAAAAGACAUUUUGAAAAAACAAAUACAGUUUUCAAACCAAGCAGUUUCCUUAAACACUUCAGUGAAUUCUCAGGUUCCCCAGCGGAGCCAAGAGCCUUUGCCAGAGCAUGAUUUUGAGAUGUCACCAAGCAGUCCUACACUCCUUCUUCGAAACAUAGAAAAACAGAGUGCACAGUUGACGGAGAUCAUUAACAGUUUGAUUGCCCCUCUCAACUUGUCUCCAACUUCAUCACCCCUCUCCUCUAAAUCCUGUAGCCACAAAUGUCUGGCUAAUGGCAUUUCAAGGAGUGCUUCAGAGAACUUAGAUGAGCUCUCCUCCUCCAGUAGCUGGUUACUCACUCAGAAGCACAGUAAGAAAAGGAGGAAGGACAGGACGAGAAUGAAAUCCCCAUCCUUGGCUGUCAUGAGCACAGCUGCCCGAACAAGGCCGCUUCAGAGUUUCCAUAAGAGAAAGCUCUACCGAUUGAGCCCCACUUUUUACUGGACUCCUCAGACGUUACCUUCAAAAGAAGCAUUUUUAAAUGCAACACAGACGCCUUACAUGGGAUCACCUUUAAGUUGGGACAACUGGGAACAGAGUUCCAAGUCCCAGCUGUUAAGAGAGCAUGUCUCAAAGCUAGAUUCCUCUUUUCACCCUGUGCUGUCACUGCCAUCAGAGAUUCCCCUUCAUCUUCAUUUUGAGACCUUAUUUAAGAAGACUGACUUGAAAGGAGAGCUUGCUGAAACUCCAUUUGUAGGUGACUGCAUCAUAGCGCCACCAUCUGUACAAGGGACUUCUCUGAAUCAGUGGAGAAAUGGAUAUUCACCUAUAUGUAAGCCUCAGAUAAGGUCACAGUCAUCUGCACAACUAUUACAGGGAAGAAAAAAGAGACACUUGAGUGAAACAGCAUUAGCAGGAGAAAGAACUAGAUUUGAAGAAUUUGCUUUUCAACGUACAGAACCAGGAUCCCAUUGCGAUUUUACUACUGUCUCUAAUGCCAAUGUUACAUCAAGAACCCAGAAUUCAUCCUCACAAAACACUGCACGGCGGAGGUUAAGAAGUGAGAGCUCUUACGAUAUAGACAACAUUGUGAUUCCCAUGUCAUUAGUAGCACCUGCUAAGUUAGAGAAACUCCAGUAUAAAGAAAUACUUACUCCACGCUGGAGGAUGGUGGUUCUUCAGCCUCUUGAUGAACAGAACUUAAGCAAAGAAGAGAUAGAAGAUCUUUCUGAUGAAGUCUUCUCCCUAAGACACAAAAAAUACGAAGAGAGAGAGCAAGCUAGGUGGUCACUCUGGGAGCAAAGCAAGUGGCAUAGAAGAAAUAACAGAGCUUACAGUAAAAACACAGAAGGACAGGACUUGGUUCUGAAGGAAAACCCAAGUGAACUUAGCAGUGCUCAGCAGUGUGCUAAUGCCGAGAGUCCCCUCGAGCUCCCAGCAGACAACCACAGUCUGUGUGCUCAGGAUUCACUUUCUUUAAAUGACAGUCAAGAAAUCAAGUCUUUGCGGUGGGAGCGACGAGCGUUUCCACUGAAGGAUGAGGAUACUGCAGCCUUAUUAUGCCAAGAUGAAAGAAAGGAUCAGACUGAGGGGGCAAGCACAGCCUUCCGCGACGAAGUCUUCUGUAGCACUACACCAGAGGAUGGCCACCCUCCAAAAAUGCAGUUAGAUGGAAUGGAAGAAUAUAAAACCUUUGGUCUAGGAGUUACUAAUGUUAAAAGAAACAGGUGACAGGGAACAAAUUAUGAAAACUAUGUAACUGAAAGGAAAAGAGGAAGAAAAACCUAAACCCUCUUCUGACUCUUCCGCUCCUCUGGUCACAAUUCCAGACAAGGAGGAUGUGCUGCAUGUAUCCAUCUUUCACUGUUCAUGAAACAGACCAGAGAAGUUUCUUUUUCCUGAAUCACAGAAGUAGCUAGCUUUUCACCUACACAAAUGCUAGUAACUUGUGUUUGUCAAUAACACAGAUCACAAACACUGCUGCAAUUUGAUGGAAAUCACACUCUGGGUAACUGUUAAGAGCCCCUCCCUGACAAUACAGUCGAUUUACAUCAAAUGACAACUAUUCUUUGUAUCUGGUCUCAUGGCAGUUCAUUAAAACUGCCUCAGUAAUCUGAGAAUAUACUAGUGUGUAUACAGAAUAUAUACACACACAUGCACACCGUAGUCUUAAAACUGCAUAUAUGAACUACUCUAUGCAAUGUAAGUUGCCAUGAAUAUCUAGCACAGGUGUGGACUGAUAAUAGACAUCUGAAAGCUUUGACUAUGGAAAGGGAGUUGUUUUUUCUUUUAUUCUAAAAAUUGUUUAACCAAUAUAAGUUAUUUAUGGAAAUUCUUAUAUCAGAUAAUACAAUAUUCAUUUAUUUGAAAUCAUUGUUCUCUCUUGGACUAACCACAGACUUUCUGCUUACUCCUAACAGAAUUAAGAGAAGCAACUUAGAGUUUAAUAUAUUGAUACAUUUUAAAACUAUUGUCUUUGAAAAUUCACCCUGAGUUUUACUUGCUUUAUGUACCUCUUCAAGACAGCAAUUUAAAAUGCAAAACAGCAUACAAAUCAUAAUAUGGUUGUAAUUCUAGCAAAUGUACAGCUAGAAGCUUCUAAUUUGGUUUCUCCUUGCCAUAGCUUACUCAAAUACCUACUCUUAAUAGGCUCCUAGAUCAAGAAUUCAAGUUUUUUCAAAGACUAAGACUUUAAUAUAGAAUACUGAGGAGUGUACAUUAAGGAAAAUUCUUUUUGGAGCUAUAAUACCAUUUUUUCUAGAUAAAAGUUAAGGACAAUUUGUAUCAACCACUUUUUGUUAUGCAAAGAAAGGUUACUCAAUUUGUAGUUCCCAUAAUACUGAAAAUCCUGGCCACUGGGCUUAGCGUCUGUGGGAUUAGAUACUUAAGGUUUUGUUGAGGAUUAGAAAUUAAACUGGUCCCUGCAAAAGGGGGGGUGGGGGAACCAUUCAGAUUCAAUACUUACAAACUUUUGCUUAUAGUUUUACUGUACAUUUAUUUUUAAAGAAAAAGAUAACAAAAGCCAGAAAAAUACAAGUUGUCCCAGCAAGUAAUUCAAAUCUUUGUCAUGACUGAUAUUAUAAUCUUCUACAUAGUUUUUUAAUUAAAGUUAUUUCUAUA